CAACAGCAGCAACAACAGAUAGUCAGACACCUCGGUAGCUUCCUAGACAAAAUAGCCGAACCAAUAUAGCUCUUUAGACGCUUUAGUGUAUAUUAGCCACUGUGUUUUAAACCCACUUCUAUCGUCUAGUUAGUUAACCGAUUUAAUUUAGUAUUUACGGUGUUGUUUUUAGUCAGCUAGCGGGCUGGUUGUUAGCAUUAGCCUAGCUAACAUCCCCGACCAUGCGGUCACUAAGCCACUCCCUUGCUAAAGGAGAGGAGGAUAUCACAGUAAAACAAGAAGUAGAGGGUGAGGCCGUUACUGUGAAAGAAGAGGGAGACGCGUUCAGAGUGAAAGAGGAGGAUGUUAUAGUAAAAGGAGAGGAGGAUGCAGUUUAUGGAGUGAAAGAAGAGGGAGAGAUAACUGUUACAUCGAAAAAGGAGGAGGGGGAGGAAGAAGAGGAGGAACAUGGAUAUCUGGUCCCGGUUUCCCAAACGCAUCUUAAGGCAUCCAAUGGUUCUAACGAUGCAUUUAGCCAUAGGAUGGUUUUGAGAAACCGUUCCCUGAUUAACACUAGAGAGAUAUGGGACUAUCGUGGAUCCUCUGAGGAGCCUCAACAACCUCAUGAUGCUGAAGAGGCAGAGAAGAGUCUCUCCAGAUCAGAACACCUCAAGAAACACCUGCAGAGAUCCACAGGGAAGGGAACUCACUGCUGCUCUGACUAUGGGAAGAAAUCCACCUCAUCGGGCAUUAAAAUUCACCAGAGAACACACACAGGAGAGAAAUCUUAUAGCUGUGGUCAAUGUGGGAAGAGAUAUACUUCAUCUGGCUCACUGACUAUACACUAUAGAACACACACAGGAGAGAAACCUUAUAGCUGUGAUCAAUGUGGGAAGAGUUUUAGUCAAUCUGGAGAUCUGACAGUGCACCAGAGAAUACACACAGGAGAGAAACCGUAUAGCUGUGGUCAAUGUGGAAAGAGUUAUGUUCAAUCUAGCCAUCUGACUCUACACCAGAGAAUUCACACAGGAGAGAAACCUUAUAUCUGUGCUCAAUGUGGGAAGAGAUUUGCUGCAUCUGGCUCUCUGACUAUACACCAGAGAACACACACAGGAGAGAAACCUUAUAGCUGUGGUCAAUGUGGGAAGAGAUUUGCUACAUCUGGCUCGCUGACUAUACACCAUAGAACACACACAGGAGAGAAACCUUUUAGCUGUGAUCAAUGUGGGAAGAGUUUUAGUCAAUCUGGAGAUCUGACAGUGCACCAGAGAAUACACACGGGAAAGAAAUCUUUUAGCUGUGAUCAAUGUGGGAAGAGAUUUGCUGCAUCUGGCUCUCUGACUCUACACCAGAGAAUUCACACAGGAGAGAAGCCUUAUAGCUGUGAUCAAUGUGGGAAGAGAUUUGCUGCAUCUGGCUAUCUGACUCUACACCAGAGAACACACACAGGAGAGAAACCUUAUAGCUGCGAUCAAUGUGGGAAGAGUUAUGUUCAAUCUUGCCAUCUGACUCAACACCAGAGAACACACACAGGAGAGAAACCUUAUAGCUGUGAUCAAUGUGGGAAGAGUUUUGUUACAUCUAACCAGCUGACAUUACACCAGAGAACACACACAGGAGAGAAAUCCUAUAUCUGUGGUCAAUGUGGGAAGAGUUUUGUUCGAUCUGACCAGCUGACAUUACACCAGAGAACACACACAGGAGAGAAACCUUAUAGCUGUGCUCAAUGUGGGAGGAGUUUUACUACAUCUAGCUCUCUGACAGUACACCAGAGAACACACACAGGAGUGAAACCUUAUAGCUGUGCUCAAUGUGGGAGGAGUUUUACUACAUCUAGCUCUCUGACAGUACACCAGAGAAAACACACAGGAGAGAAAUCUUAUAGCUGUGACCAGAGAUAGUCUUAUAAAAGAUCUCUGGUCAAAUAUUAGAAAAUACACACAUAUGAAGGAGUUGUUUCAUGAUUUCAAUGAAUUAAUGUCACAAUGUAGAAUGUUUUAACAUUGUAGUUGGAGUAUUAUAAUGACGUCACAAUGUAGAACCCUAAACGUUGGCCCCCCUUAUGAAUUGAUUUCAACGUGAUAUGGAUAUUAGCCUCGGGGGAAAAAUCCAGGCUCUGAAAUGGAAGAGUACUAUUUAUGUGAUUUAACAAAAAUUGACAAACAAAAAAAAUAGUUCAAAUUUAUUUAUAUAGCCCUUCUUACAUCAGCUGAUAGCUGAAAGUGCUGUACAGAAACCCAGCCUAAAACCCCAAACAGCAAGCAAUGCAGGUGUCGAAGCACGGUGGCUAGGAAAAACUCCCUGGAAAGGCCAAAACCUAGGAAGAAACCUAGAGAGGGACCAGGCUAUGAGGUGUGGCCAGUCCUCUUCUGGCUGUGCCGGGUGGAGAUUAUAACAGAACAUUGCCAAGAUGUUCAAAUGUUCAUAAAUGACCAGCAUGGUCAAAUAAUAAUAAUCACAGUAGUUGUCGAGGGUGCAACAGGUCAGCACAUCAGGAGUAAAUGUCAGUUGGCUUUUCAUAGACAAUCAUUAAGAGUAUCUCUACCGCUCCUGCUGUCUCUAGAGAGUUGAAAACAGCAGGUCUGUUGAAAACAACUGACCCUAGCCCCCCGACACAAACUACUGCAGCAUAAAUACUGGAGGCUGAAACAGGAGGGGUCAGGAGACACUGUGGCCCCAUCCGAUGAUACCCCCGGACAGGGCCAAACAGGAAGGAUAUAACCCCACCCACUUUGCCAAAGCACAGCCCCCACACCACUAGAGGGAUAUCUUCAACCACCAACUUACCAUCCUGAGACAAGGCAGAUUAUAGCCCACAAAGAUCUCCGCCACGGCACAACCCAA